AGGCGACACCAUCUUGUCGCUCCCAACGCCGAAAAAGAAGUACGUCUCAUUCAACUUGGCCUUACGGACAACCGCAGGUACGCCCACGUUGACGACAUCCUUCGCCAUCCCACCUUCUCGACAAACAACGAAUCCUGCCCCACUCUAAGCCAUGUCGCUGCCCAAACGAAUCAUCAAGGAGACCGAACGCUUGGUCAACGAGCCAGUUCAGGGAAUCUCGGCAACACCGCACGACGACAACCUGAGGUACUUCGACGUCACCAUCGAUGGGCCGAGCCAGUCGCCGUACGAGGGGGGAGUGUUCAAGCUGGAGCUGUUCCUUCCGGACGACUACCCCAUGACGCCGCCCAAGGUUCGCUUCCUCACCAAGAUCUACCACCCGAACAUCGACCGUCUGGGGCGCAUCUGCCUCGAUGUGCUGAAGAGCAACUGGUCGCCCGCGCUCCAGAUCCGCACCAUCCUGCUCUCGAUCCAGGCACUCUUGGGUGCUCCCAACCCGGACGACCCUCUGGCCAACGACGUGGCUCAAGCCUGGAAGGAGGACGAGAAGCAAGCAGUCAAGACGGCGCAGGAGUGGACCCAGCAGUACGCGAAGCCCUGAAUGUCCCCACUACCGUCUUUUCUCUUUGGGGUGGUACUCUGGGGCAUGAGCUGCCAGAGCCGCUGUACUCGCAUCCAAACAAACGCUUUGAGAUUACAGCCGAGCUAUUUCCUCACAUGGUUCGUUGCGACUCAUUCGUUGGCGACUCGGACUUGUCCUUCUGAACCUCACCAUCUCGUUUGUAUUAUAGUACUGGCCAUUCUACACCCUGCACAGCCAUGGCGUUGGAUGGAUCAUCUGGAUAGCAUGGCGGCGAUAUAUCCCCAUUGGCAGGACUGAGACACACAUGGGGCUCUUUCCACUGGGUCCUUGCCAACACGAUGAACAUGGAAAUGAAUAACGAUACCAAUUUCUCAAACUGCUCGUGCAUCAGCUUCUCCUUACCCAUGAUGACAAUAGUCUUGGAUGUAUGUGAUAGCGGGGUCUGUUGCUUCGCAUGCGUUUGCCGCCAAUUUCAAGUAGAAAUGGUGGACCUUGCCUGCAAGUUGCCAUGAAUUUUGUCAAUGUCAAAAUGUACA